GGCUGAUUUGUAGAACAGAUAAGGACGCCUGGUGGCAAAGCAGUAAAAUUGAUUGUCAACUCGUGAUUUCUCUUACAACAGUGAUUUGACUUUUCAAUUCAAAUCUCGAUUAACUAAUUUCAUCUCCAUAGAGAGAAAAGUAUCCUUCUCAAACCUGUUCACAAUACUCGUUAAACAUGUAUAUUCGGGCCGUCCACGCAGAAAGAGACAUUCGUGUCCUUCGGAAGCUGAUACACGACAAUCCGCUAGGGUUGCUGACCACCGCCAUUCGGUCGCCUACAUUUCCAUUCCUCCAGACGAGUCAUAUUCCUUUCGUUUUGGACGUUAAAGAUGAGUCAAGCGAAACGGAAUGUGGGCUUUUAAGAGGCCACCUUGCAAGGCAGAACCCGCACAGCAAGGCGAUGAUAGAGGCACUUACAUCAACCCCUGGGUCGAACAAUUUCCUUGAGGAAGAAGUCCUGGUGCUCUUUAACGCGCCGGCCCACCAUUAUGUCACACCCAAGUUCUACACCGAGACAAAGCCUGCUACGGGUAAAGUGGUACCGACCUGGAACUAUGCGGCCGCGCAAGUGUAUGGGAAGGCCAAGAUAUUCUUUGACUCUAGCUCGGAGGAGACAUCAAAUUUUCUCCAGAAGCAGAUAAAAGACUUAAGCCAUCAUAACGAGACAAUGAUAAUGGGGUAUACCGGAGAGGCUGGUCGGCCGUCGGAAUGGAAGGUUUCAGACGCCCCGGACCGCUUUAUCCAGUUGCUGAAGAAGAAUAUUAUCGGUAUAGAGAUCGAGAUUGAUCGUCUGGAGGGUAAGUUCAAGAUGAGCCAGGAGAUGGGCAAGGCGGAUCAAGAGGGUGUCAUCGAGGGUUUCGCGAAGUUGGAUUCGGACGCGGCACAAUGGGUUUCGAAUACAGUCAAAGCGCGAGGCGAGUUGAAGGGUUCUUAGAAGAGCGCAUUGUAGUUCGAUUAGUACAUGUCGCCCUUUUAGAUUUGAGAUGGUUGAUCGACUCUCAACCAUGGCCCGUACGGCUUUAAGGGAUUGCCUACAUCCUCUCCGUUGGUGACAAAGACUAGCCAGAUAUGUCGAACUUAUUUCCUGGACCUCCUCCCUAUCAACAAACAUCUCUACUUCG